ACUCCAGACCGAACCGCGAUCGCUCGACACAUACACAACUGUCGCGCAAAUAUGGCACCAAUAUCACUCGCAGAAAUCGUGUCGGCUCUCCCAUCUGCGGAUGGCUGGGGACCAGCGACCUCCACCGAGACCACUCUCGAUGGCGUCCCAUACGCACCAUACUCCAAGGGCGACAAGUUAGGGCGCAUGGCCGAUUGGACCUCCGAGGGCAAGGAUGGCAGAGAUGGCAGAGGUGGAAGGCAACAAUAUAACCGCAACUACAGAGACCAGCAAGUUUACGGUGCCGGAACCUCGUCGCUUUUCGCCGUUCAGCUCGCCGAGGAUGAGUCUUCUUUCUCCGUCGUCAGCAACACGCGCGAUACCGCCAAGACCCGAUUUGGAAGAGGUGGAGGGUUCGGCCGUGGCCGUGGACAGCGUGGCGGGCGCGGGGACGCCAGAGGCGGCAGAGGCCAGUUCCAGAGAGUCAGCAACGGACGUGGAGGAGCACAGGGUGGAUACGGUGGCUACGAUUCUCGCGGAGGCCGUGGUGGUGCUCGUGGCGGCCGCAGAUUCGGCUGGAAGGAUUACGACAAGCCGCAGCGCAACCGCGAUGCGUCGGUUAACAUCAAGCCUGACUGGAAGCUGCUUGAGGAGAUUGAUUUCAACCGUCUCACGAAGCUGAACCUCGACGCCGACGACGGUGAGGAUGUCGACAGCUACGGUUUCGUGUACCGCUACGACCGCUCCUUCGAUAAGCCUGCUACGAAGAGCAACGAGCGCAAGCUCAACGUUGUCGACCGCGCCUCCUACAACGUCACCACUUCCUCCGAUCCCGUCAUCCAGGAGCUCGCCGAGAGGGACGAGGCUACCAUCUUCACCACCGACAGCGUGCUCUCCAUGCUGAUGUGCGCGCCCCGCUCCGUGUAUCCCUGGGACAUCGUGAUCGUGAGGCAAGGAAACAAGAUCUUCCUUGACAAGCGUGACAACGCCGCCCUGGACAUGGUCUCCGUAAACGAGAACGCCGCCGACUCCCCGAUGGACGCCUCCGAGGGUAACAAGGACGCCAUCAACCAGCCCGCUGCGCUCGCCGAGGAGGCCACCUACAUCAACCACAACUUCGCGAACCAGACCAUGAUCGAGGAUGACGCACACCGCUCCGACAUGGCUAACGAGAACCCCUUCUACAACGCCGCCGAGGAGACCGACCCGCCCGCAAGCAAGGCCUACAAGUACCGCCGCUUCGACCUCGCCGUUACCGACGAGGAGCCGCUCAACCUGAUUGUCCGUACCGAGCUCGAUGCCGUCACCAAGAACGCUAUCAGCGGCGAGGACCAGUACGUCACUGUCAAGGCCCUCAACGAGUUCGACCACAAGGCCCAGGGAAGCGGUGGUGCCCUCGACUGGCGCACCAAGUUAGUCUCGGCUCGUGGUGCCGUUGUUGCCACCGAGAUGAAGAACAACUCGUGCAAGCUCGCUCGCUGGACCGUCCAAUCCAUCAUCGCGAACGCCGAUGUCAUGAAGCUCGGAUUCGUCUCCCGUGCCAACCCCAAGUCCAACGACCGCCACGUGAUCCUCGGCGUCAUCGGCUGGAAGCCCCGCGACUUCGCGGCGCAGAUGAACCUUUCCCUCUCCAACGGCUGGGGUAUCGUCCGCACCAUCGUCGACAUGUGCAUGGCGCAGCCCGAGGGCAAGUACGUGCUCGUUAAGGACCCGAAUAAGCAGAUCCUAAGACUGUACGACGUGCCAAGUUCGUCGUUUGAGGAGGAGGCUGAGGAGGAGGCUGAGGUCGCUGAGGAGGAUGAGGAGGAGUAGAGGGGGGGAUUAUUGAUAGAUGGCAAUAAUGUUGUUACGUGUUAGGUGUGGUUCUUCUCUAUCCUGUGACUUCCGUGACCGACUUGGGAAUCCUCCGCCACCCCGUCUUACCUGCCUACCCGCGCUCUCCCCAUCCCGCCCCCCGUCCAUUCCGGCUCGCCCCUUUCCUUCACCCCCUCGCCACCUCCAAAACCCAAACUGAAACCCCCGCCGCCGUUCACUCCCCGCACCAAAAGCACUGCCCCAAACCUUUCCCGGCCGUUUCAACCAUUGUCUCAACCGUUUGGGGCAAAAGGAAAUCGAUAUGCUCGGGGAAGCUCUCGCACGGACCUCGACCGCACAGACGGCCGCAAGGCUGGCUAAACCGCGGUGGUCUUGCGAGGAAGCCGGUCCCCGGACCGCUGUCCUGUUUUGGUCUGGCUAUCCUUUGGCAUAAACACAAUGCAAGAUGCCUCUUUAACAACUAGAUCUAGCAUAGCUUAUAACGAGUCAACUUUGUUAUAACGACCAAGUGAUGGUGAUGGUAAUAGAGCGUUGAUCUAGAACGCUAAAAUCAGUCUAUGCAAAGUCUUUGUAACGUUCUAUUUUCUCUUUGUAUAAUACCUCUAGAAACAGCAGACGCUUAAGCAUUGCGAUAGGCGGCAACUUCAAGUGCGCAAACAAUUAUCAAAUAGGAAG